AUGAAUUCAAAUUAAAAUAACAAAAAAUCAGAUAUCGAAAGUGGUAAUAGAAUCCAACAUAACAUAAAAUCAGAAUAAUCUUAUAUGAAUGAAAAUAAACUAUAAAAUAAAGUAAUAUAAGAUUAAAAAGACGAAAAAGAAAAUGAUAUCUCAUUUUUUAAUCUUUUUAGAUAUGCAAAUAAAUAAGAUAAGAUUUUGAUUAUAAUAGGAUGUAUAGCGUCUGCUGCUAAUGGUAUUCUUAUGCCUUUAUUUUCUAUUAUUUUUGGAGAAAUGACAGACUCAUUUAGUCCUAAUAGUUCUCCCAAUUAAGUUGUAAAAUCUGCUGGUAAUUAAUCACUUAAUUUUCUUUAUUUAGCUAUUGGAGCAUUUACUUUAAGCUUUUUAAUUAUGAGUUGUUGGAUUAUAUCAGGAGAAAGAUAAUCUAUAUAAUUAAGAAAAGAAUAUUUUUAAGCUAUUAUGAGAUAAGAAGUAGGAUGGUUUGAUAUGAAUAAUCCUAAUUAAUUAGCUACUAAAAUAGCUUAAGAAAUAACAGCUGUAUAAGGCGCUAUAGGGGAAAAAAUAGGUACAUUUAUUAUGACUAUAACUAUGACUUUAGGAGGUUUUGUAGUAGGAUAUAGUAGAGGAUGGCUUUUUUCACUUGUUACUACUUCAGCUUUACCUGUAAUUUCUUUUGGAGCUGUUUGCUUUGCAAUUGUUCUUUAAACUUCUUAGAAAAAAAUAUAAUAAUCUUAUGCAAUAGCUGGUGGAUUAGCUGAAUAGAGCUUAAAUGCAAUCAGAACUGUCAAAUCUUUAGUUGGCGAAGAGUAUGAAUUGAAAAAUUACUCUGUAGGGCUUAUUAAGGCAUUUAAAAUUGCCUGCUCUUAUGGUAUUUUGAGUGGAUGUGGAUUAGGUAUAAUGUUUUGUACUAUGUUUUUAGAUUAUUCUCUUAGUUUUUGGUAUGGAUCUAAAUUAAUUGGAGAGUAAAAAUUUAAUGAAACAUUCAGUAGAGCAUACACUUAAGGAGAUGUUUUUGUGGUUUUCUUUUCUAUUAUGAUUGGUGGAUUUUCUAUGGGAUAAGCAGGACCUUGUUUAAAUAAUUUCUCUUAAGGAAAAUAAGCUGCAAAAUAAAUAUUUAAAGUUAUUGAUAGAAAGCCUUUAAUAGUAAUGCCUGAAAAUCCAAUAAAAAUAAAUUCUAUUUUAGGAAAUAUAGAAUUUAAAGAUGUCGAAUUUAAUUAUCCAGCCAAAUAAGAUAUAAAAGUAUUGAAAAAAAUAAAUUUAAAAAUUAAAGCAAAUUAAAAAACUGCACUUGUUGGAGAAUCUGGAUGUGGAAAAUCAACUAUUAUUUAAUUAAUUGAAAGAUUUUAUGAUUCUGAUUAAGGACAAAUAUUUAUUGACGGUCAUGAAAUAAGAACUUUAGAUUAUAAAUGGUUAAGAUAAAAUAUUGGAUAUGUAGGAUAAGAACCAGUAUUAUUCGCAACAACAAUAAGAGAAAAUUUAAAAUUAGGAAAGUCAGAUGCAACAGAAUAAGAAAUGAUUGAAGCUUUAAAAUAAGCAAAUGCUUGGGAAUUUAUUGAACAUUUAGAAAAUAAAUUAGACACAUAUGUAGGAAAUUCAGGAAGUUAAAUUUCUGGAGGAUAGAAAUAAAGAAUAUGCAUUGCAAGAGCUAUAUUAAAAAAUCCUUAAAUUCUACUUUUAGAUGAGGCAACUAGUGCCUUGGAUAGAAAAAAUGAAUCUCUUAUCUAAAAAACAUUAGAUGAGAUAUCUAAAGGAAGAACAACAAUCGUUAUUGCUCAUAGAUUAAGUACAAUAUAAAAUGCAGAUACUAUUAUUGUAUUAGAUAAGGGAAAUUUAGUAGAAUAAGGCACUUAUUCAGAAUUAAUUAAUGCUAAAGGAAAGUUUGAAAGCUUGGCUAAAAAUUAAAUAGAAAAGGAAUAAAAAGAUUUAGAUUAAGAUAAUGAUUUAGACAAUUAAGAAUAAAUAGUUAAAGAUUAAAAAAAUAAUUUGGAAAAUCAAGGUCUAAAAAUCAGUUAAAAAAAUAUUUCUAAAAAUUAAAGUAUUAAAAAAUAAUAUAAUAAAUAUAUUUAAAUAAAUAUAGUCGAUAAUUAGAACAAUCAUAUUGAUAAAUAAGUAUAUUUGGAAAAUUCUUAAGACCCGAAAAGAAAGCUAACAAAAUAAGAAAUAGAAUUCAAUAAAAAACACGAAUAAGCUGUAUUAAAGAGACUUUAUUAAUAUAAUAAAGAAGAGGCCCCAUAUAAAUAUAUAGGGUUAAUUUUUGCUUUAUGUAAUGGUACCAUAUUUCCUCUUUCUGGACUUAUUUUGGGAGAAUUCGUGGAUACAUUAUCUAGGCCUUUUGCUCCAGAUUUUAGAGAUAGAGCUAAUAAAUUAGCUUUAUAUUUUUUGAUUAUCGCUCUUAGUUCUUGGAUUAUUAAUAUAUGCUAAUUUUAUUUCUUUAGCAGAGUAGGAGAAGGUUUAACAUUAAAAAUAAGAUAAGAAGUAUUUAAAAAAAUGUUAAAAAUGCCUAUGAAUUGGUUUGAUUAAACUAAUAAUAAUCCGGGUAAUUUAAGUUCUAGAUUAGCUACAGAUGCUCAUUUAAUAAAUUCUUUAACAUCUAAUGUUGUUUCUAUUUAGACAUAAAAUUUAUCUUCUUUAAUUACUGGUAUAGUUGCUGCAUUUUUCUAUUCUUGGAGAGUUUCUUUAGUUGCGAUUGCAGUUAGUCCUUUAAUGAUUAUUUCAGGAGGUAUAUAAGCCAAAUUUGUUUAAGGAUUUUCAGAAGGAACUGAUGAAGCUUAUAAAGAUUCAGGAAUGAUUAUUAUGGAAAGUGUAACUAAUAUAAGAACUGUUUAUUCAUUUUCAAAUGAAGAGAAGUUAUUUGAAAUUCUCAAUUAAAAACUAGAAAAACCUGCAUUAAUUUUAAAUAAAAAAGGAUAUGUUUCAGGAAUAAUGUUUGGUUUAUCAUAAUUUAUAAUGUUUAAUGUAUAUGGUAUUAUAUUUUAUGUUGGCGCUAUUUUUGUAAGAGAUAACGGUGUCUCAGCUAAAGAAAUGUUCGUUUCUAUUUUUUGUAUUAUGUUUGCUGCCUUUGGAGCAGGCAAUUCAAGCCAUUUUAUGGGUGAUGUAGGAGCAGCUAUUAAUGCUGCAGUAGGAUUAUUUAAAAUACUAGAUUCUGAAGAUGAAAUACAAAUAUCUUAAAAGAAAUGUAAUAAUUAAAUAAAAUAAAGAAUUUUAGGAAAUAUUGAGUUUAAGGAUGUUAGUUUUAAAUAUCCUAGUAGAUAGGCUAUGGUUUUUAAGCAUUUAUCAUUCAAUAUUAAAUCAGGAUAAAAAGUAGCAUUUGUGGGAUCAAGUGGAUCAGGAAAAUCAUCAGUUUUAUAACUUUUACUAAGAUACUAUGAUAAUUAUACAGGAUAAAUAUUAGUCGAUGGAAAAGAUAUUAAAGAAUAUGAUAUUAGAGAAUUUAGAAAAAGCUUUGGAGUAGUGAGUUAAGAACCAGUUCUAUUUAAUGGAACUAUAGCUGAGAAUAUAUAAUAUAAUACUGAUGAUAUAAAAAUAGAAGAAAUAAAGGAAGCAGCUAGAUAAGCUAAUGCUCUUAAAUUUAUAGAAGAUAAUUAAUUUGAGUUUAUAGAUGAUAAAGGAGCAAUUAGUAUUGGAAGUGGAUUUGAUAGAUAAGUAGGAAUCAAAGGAAGUUAAAUAUCAGGAGGAUAGAAACAAAGAAUAGCUAUAGCUAGAGCCAUUAUAAAGAAUCCAAAUGUUCUACUUUUAGACGAAGCUACUUCUGCUUUAGAUGAUAAGAAUGAAUAGAUAGUUUAAGAGGCUCUUAAUAAUUUAAUGAAGAAUAAGACUAGUUUAUGUAUUGCUCAUAGACUAUCUACUAUUAAAGAUAGUGAUUAAAUAUUUGUUAUUGAAGAAGGGAAACUUGUUGAAUAAGGAACUUAUUAAGAACUUAUGAAUAAAAAAUAAUUUUUCUAUAGACUUAAUAAUGUUUGAUAAAUUUUUUUAUUAAAAUAAAGUAUUAUAUUUUAUAUAAAUUAUAUAUUAUAAAUAAUUUAUGUAUUUUAUAAAUAUCAAUAUAAAUAUUUAUAUUUUUUAUUUUUUUU